ACACAACAGCAGCUCACGAGAUCGGAUCAUCUUCUCGCGACAAAAGAAAGGUGUAUAGAGGUGUGUGCUCCUCCUGAGCGAACAUACGUCGUCGUCUUCUUGGACAACCAACCAACGAAUCUAGAAGCACCAUAGGGGGAACAGUACUGUUGUUACUUUACUCAGAGUGUCCAAACCAGGAUUGAUUGAAACUAAUAGGGAAUGAGGAAGUGGUCCGGAGGGGUGUUGAUUCUACUACUUGCUGUGAUUUUGAUACUUCGAUACAGCAAUUUUAUGAUGGUAAAACCACCACCACCACCACAGAAGCAGCAGACAGCUUAUGAUUUCUUCCAUACCCAACCAAGCAACGAUUCUACUUCAAAAGAAGACAGCAAUGGAGAUAAUAAGCCUGUUCAGAGUAAAGCAAAAAGACAGCAAAGUGUUGACAUAAGGCCCCACCUCAUCGAUGUUGAAGGCCUAAGUUAUCUUUAUUAUUUUCUGAGUAAUGUUACCAAAGAAGAGUCUAAGGCGUUGCUCGUGUGGGCUCAAAAUCAAAUGCGUCUUUUACUCUCUCGGUCCGAUGCUUUACCUGAAACAGCUCAAGGGAUCAAAGAGGCUGCCAUAGCCUGGAAAGAAUUAUUGUCCCUAGUUGUUGAUUCCAAGUCUAGUGAUUUUGGCAAGAAAGAGAAAGAUUGUCCUUACUAUGUUAGUGCUCUCAGUUUCAACACAAGUGUAUUGGGCGGUGGUACUAGUGUUCUUGACAUCCCUUGUGGUCUUGUUGAGGACUCAUCCAUUACCGUGAUUGGCAUUCCCGAUGGGCAACAGGGUAGCUUUCAAAUCGAACUCACUGGGUCUCAACUUCCAGAGGAGCCAAAGCCUCCUAUAGUUUUGCAUUACAAUGUGAUUUUACCUGGAGACAACCUGAAGAAGGAGCCAGUCAUAUUUCAGAAUUCAUGGACUACUGAACUUGGCUGGGGAAAGGAGGAAAGAUGUCCUCCUGAUCAUAGCUCCACAAACUUCUCCAAAGUGGAUGGACUUGUAAAGUGCAAUGCACGAGUUCUCAGAAGCACUGUGGAAGAUAUUUCAAAUGCUAGCCAUCCCAAUGGUGACAAAUUAGCCAAUGUUUCCACUGGUGCCCACGUGAGCGCCAAUUUUCCAUUUGUCGAAGGUAGCCAGUUUACUGCUACAUUGUGGGCUGGUGUAGAGGGAUUCCAUAUGACUGUGAACGGCAGGCAUGAAACCUCAUUUGCAUAUAGGGAGAAACUUGAACCAUGGUUAGUCAGUGGAAUUAAUCUAGAAGGUGGUUUGGGUCUUGUAUCUGUCCUAGCCAAAGGAUUGCCUGUUUCUGAAAAUCUGGAUUUAGCUGUUGAUGUUGAGCACCUCAAAGCUCCACCAAUUUCCAAAAAAAGGCUGGUAAUGCUGAUCGGUGUUUUCUCAACUGGAAAUAAUUUUGAGCGUCGGAUGGCAUUGAGAAGAUCUUGGAUGCAAUAUCAAGCUGUUCGUUCCGGGAGUGUAGCUGUCCGCUUCUUCAUUGGUCUUGUAAGUGAGGCAUUGCAAACUGGAGGACAUUUGUUACUUUACAACCAAGGGAGUCUUUACAUACUUCUAUUUACAGUUUCUGCACAGAAACGAAAUGCUGUAAUAUUCCUUACCUAGUUUAUCUUGUAUGCCUCACUAGUUCUAAGAUCUUACAUCUAACUACUGCUUUGAGGGCCUGAUUCUGUAAUAUGAAGGAACUAGGUAGCAGAAAGAUCUGAAAUUGAUUAUUGGAGUCUCCUUCAGUUUGUCCUUUUAUUUUUGAUUGAUAUUCUUCAGAGCAUGUUCAGACACUAGGAAUUUUGGGCUAGCCAGUUCAAAAAGACCAGAUCCUGCCUUACUAGGAUGAAAUACUAAUCCAUGCAGCUCCACAGGUCCUCUUAAUGAGGCUAAGUACUCAAAAUCAUAGUUAAACCUGAACUAGUGACUAUGGUUGUUCAUGCAGAUUAACCAAAUAUGUACUCAUAUUUCCAGGAUUUUACAUUUGAGAAAGGUGAAAGAAUUGCUUCUGUAAGGAAAGUUUUGUUCUAAUGUACUUGCUGUACUAAUUGACUAUGUUGUUCUUUCCCAGAAGAUUAAUUUAUUGAUCUGAUUUCUUUUUUACACUAGCAGAACAAAAAUACUCAGGUCAACUUUGAGCUGUGGAGAGAAUCUCAAGCAUAUGGAGAUAUCCAGCUAAUGCCAUUUGUUGAUUACUACAGCCUGAUCAGUUUGAAAACUAUUGCCAUUUGCACUCUGGGGACAAAAGUCCUCUCUGCUCAAUAUAUAAUGAAAACAGAUGAUGAUGCUUUUGUUCGGAUUGAUGAAGUUCUAUCUAGUCUCAAGGGAAAGGAUUCUAAUGGCCUCUUAUAUGGCCAGAUAUCCUUUGAAUCACAGCCCCAUAGGGACAAAGACAACAAAUGGUAUAUCAGUACAGAGGUAUCGAUUGUUUCCGUUUUCUCAUAAUAAUCUCAGUGGAAUUUACCGGCUUUUGUUAGCAAACAACUCAUUCGAACGCUUAUUUAGGAAUGGCCACAUUCUUCCUUCCCGCCAUGGGCACACGGUCCAGGUUAUAUAAUUUCACGAGACAUUGCAAAAUUCAUUGUUCAAGGCCACCAAGAAAGGGUCCUCAAGCUUUUUAAAUUGGAAGAUGUUGCCAUGGGCAUAUGGAUUGAGCAAUUCAAGGAACAUGGUCACAAAGUGCAGUACAUUAACGAUGACCGAUUUCACAAUGCUGGAUGUGAGACAGAUUAUAUCCUCGCACAUUAUCAGAAUCCAAGGAUGGUGUUAUGUUUGUGGGAGAAGCUGCAAAAAGAGCAUGAGCCUAAUUGCUGUGAAUGAAAUGUAAAGCUAUAAACCCCAAAUAGGCAGCGGUAUUGACAGCUGAAUUGUAGUCUUUGCGAAGUUGAUCCUGUAGGUUUUGGAGAGCUUCAUUCGUUGUCUUUUCAAUUCUACCAUGGUGGAUUGGAUUGUUCUCUUUUGUUCUUAUCGUUACUAGCUUUUGUAUUUAGAUCCACAGGUUUGGUCUCACAAAUUGUUAUUAACUUGUUACGAAAUUGUAAUGAUUGAUGUAAAUACUACGAGAUAUAAUGUCUG